UCCUUGUUGAGGAAAGGACUAGCUAGCUAGCGUCGUGGUACAGGAAAGCUAAAGAUAAGGUCCAUCGCAUGUUAAGAAAAACACAGACAUAGCCUGAUUUAAUGAAUAUUAACAAAUUAUUACAAUAUGACUGACAGUCCAGGAUUACCAUCAGGCGAAGACCAGAAUUUAGAAAUACAGGGCUCUGUCACUGUCUGCAACAUAGACACACAGGAGAGCCAAGAAGAAAAUGAUUUUGAUGACAAACAUUUCUACUGUGAGACCUGCCGUAAACAAUAUAUAGAACAAUGUGAUGUCCAUGGUCCACCGUUGUUCACCUAUGACUCUCCCACACCUGUGGGAGUUCCUCAGAGAGCUCUUCUCACUCUUCCCCAAGGCUUAGUCAUCGGUAGAUCAACCACACCUGGGGCUGGACUAGGUGUUUUUAACCAAGGACAGAUUGUUCCUCUUGGAAUGCAUUUUGGUCCUUUUGAUGGAGAGCUCAGCAGCAUGGAACAGGCAUUAGAAAGUGCCUAUUCAUGGAUGAUAUGCAGGGGGAGUGACCAGUACGACUUCAUUGUUGCAGAGAGGGACACUCAUUCAAAUUGGAUGAGGUAUGUAGUUUGUUCACGAAAUGAAAAUGAACAAAAUUUGGUGGCAAUUCAGCAGGAUGGGCGUGUUCUGUUCCGUUGCUGCCGCACCAUCUAUCCUGGGCAAGAACUGAAAGUGUGGUAUGCAGAGGAGUAUGCCCAAAGCCUCAGCACCAUAUGGGAUAAAAUCUGGGACAAGAAGUGCACACCUAUCGGAAGAAACAGUGAAGAAGGCUUACAAAUUUGCCUUUGUCCCUAUUGUCAAUACUCCUUUCCAGUAGCUUUUUACCUACACAGACAUGUCAGGCGCUCUCACCCAGAUGAAUAUCCACACCUGCUGGAAGCCCAGGCUCUUGAACCUAGUGACCAGACACCAGUUAUGAAUCUGGAUCAAUGCCUACUUGCCUCUGAUGCACCACCUCCAUCUCAAAUGACAAAAUCAUUUCAGGACCAAGUUCCAUCUCUCAGUGGUCAGACAGAGCAGUCAAACUCAACUGAUUUGCCACAUGCAAAUAGUAGUAAUUUGAUGAAUAAAACAGACCAAAGUAAUUCCAGUGUUAUAGAGGUGUCAAGGAACAAAUGUGGUGAAUGUGGGAGAAUAUUUUUGCGGUCAUGUCACUUAAAAAGACAUCAACGCACAAUUCACUCAAAGGAGAAGCCUUAUUGCUGUAGCCACUGCAGAAAAUGCUUUAGCCAGGCAACAGGGCUGAAGAAACACCAGCAGACACACCAAGGUGAAAAAGAGAGAACAGGUACACAGCAAAUGGAGAAGGAGGAUGCUGUCUAUCCCUGUACUAAGUGUUCCUUCUCUUUCACAACUAAACUCAACCUCUACAGACAUCUUAAAAGAUUUCACCAUGAAGAGUAUCUAAAACUAAUUGAAAAUGAAUCUUUAAAUGCUGAGGCAGCACUGCUAAAUGAAAAUUCAUCAGACAAACAUGACCCUCCUUAUGAACCACCAGCCAAACUUCGAAGAUCUGCUUUAAACCCUAAUAGGGCUGGAAGUCAAAAGAGGAAAGUAUCUACAGGGAGACCUCGUGGUAGACCACCAAAAAUAAAAAAAAAGCAUGCCCAGAAGCCAGUAAAAGAUGCAGCUCAAGAGGAGAAUCAGGACAAAGGUUCAGAGUCUGAGCAGACGGUCACAGACAUUGAGAGUACAGCAGUUCCACAGUGGAGUAAUGCAGGCAGCAAGGAGACACAGGAAAUGGCACAAGAUACCACCUCUCAUGUUUGUGGUGAGUGCCUAAGAACCUUCAGUAACCUCCAUCUUUUGAAAAGCCAUGAAUGCAUUCAGCAAGGUGAUGGACCUCAUGGCUGCUCUCGCUGCAAACUCUAUUUCAACCGUUUGUGCAAUCUGCGGAGACAUGAACGCACCAUCCAUGCCAAAGAGCGUCCCUACUGUUGCACACUGUGCCUUAAGUCUUUUACUCAGUCAUCUGGCCUGAAGCGCCAUCAGGAAAGCCACUCGCGUCACAGAGCCCAUCGUCAGAGCACAGCACUGGCCAAUGCUACUAUCUACCCUUGCAGCCACUGCCCCUUCUCCUUUACUGGUGAGCGAUAUCUGUACAAACACAUUCGUCGCCACCAUCCAGAGAUGACUACAAAGUACCUGAGCUUUAAUGAAGGUGAUGUGCCAUCCAAGGAACAUAGCUGUACUCAAUGCUCCAAGACCUUUCAAACAAUUAGGGGUUUUAAGAAUCAUUCCUGCUUCAGACAAGGGGACCAGCUGUACCUGUGUCCUGACUGUGGUAAGGCUUUUAACUGGUUCAACAGUUUAAAGCAGCACCAGCGCAUUCACACAGGAGUGAAACCUUAUGCAUGCUCACAGUGUGAUAAAAGUUUUGUGCACUCAGGACAACUCAAUGUCCACAUGCGCACACACACCGGGGAGAAGCCAUUCCUUUGUGCUGAAUGUGGUGAGAGCUUUAGACAGUCAGGUGAUCUUAGACGGCAUGAGCAGAAGCACUCGGGUGUGCGACCAUGUCAGUGCCCUGACUGUGGAAAAAGUUUUAGUCGUCCACAGAGUCUUAGGGCCCACCAGCAGCUUCAUAAGGGCACCAAACUGUUCCCUUGUACACAAUGUGGCAAAAGCUUUGCUCGCCGUUACCACCUUACUCGACAUCACCAGAAAAUGCACUCUUGAUUACUUUAGCCAAAACCAUGACUCUUUAGAGUCCAUUUAUUCAUUUACAAAUGUAAUUUCUGUUAUGACUUACAGUUUUGUAUGUAAAAGUAGUCAUUUUACAUUCAGCAUGUAGCCUCAUGGACACGCUAAUAAAUGCUUAUUAAUUUCUGUAUUUGAUUGUUAAACUGGAAUGGAAAAUACAGUUUGAGGUGCUCAAACAGAAUGAUUGUCACUUGGCAAUCAGAGGUAACAAAAACUACUAAAAUUUACCUUUAAGUAAAAUUUGUUCACUAAGCAUACUGAACCUACAGUAUGCUUUAGCAACUUAAUAUCCUUAAUGUAGUACUAGAUGUAUCUGGGCUCAUUAGCUGUGAUUUUCCUGGUGUUCCAUCAGAUAUUCAAGCUCUAAAAAGACAUUUAAUGAAGCCUUAAAUAUGAUAAUGAGUUGGACAUAAAUUGUGAUAUCAUACUUAAUAAAGUUUUUUUGUAAAUACUGAACUUGGAAUUGUU